CAAAACACAAGAUUCGCAGAAAAGUAUUUUAGCCAUUCCAUUCACAUGGCAAAGAAAGUGAAUAAUCAAGUAAAAAAUGGAAAUUACCAUAGUUAUUAUAAGUUUCGGGAAGACGAAGUUCGAUCGCAAAGUCUAGAAAACGGAUUACUCUCGUUGUGGACUAAAGUGCAGAAGGAAUUCACAGAUGACGAGAGUGUGACGAUGCACAUGCUAGAUAUCGGCUGCAACGAAGGAUAUUUCACUAAUGAAGUGCACCGCAUACUGCAGAAAGUUACCAGACGGACAUGUCGAACGAUAGGCAUUGAUAUAGACGAUGUACUUUGCGACAGAGCUAGGAUUAACUAUGCCGCAAUAGAGUUCAUCACUGGCGAUGUUCUGGAAAUCGCUAAGAGCAGAGGUACAAAGGAUGUGAUCGAAGAACACAUGCAAAAAUUAGACAUCAUAAAAUUUGAUGUAGUCUGUUGCUUUUCCGUGCUAAUGUACAUUCAUUUAAACGGAGGCGACGAGGGACUACGAGCGGUGCUGGAUUACCUUUGUUCAAAGGGGAAGCUGCUUAUUUUGGAACUACAGUCAUGGAAGAAGUAUCGUGACCAGGCAAGGCGUUUGAAAAGGGAUGGAGAUGAAAGUUACCCUCUGUUUGAUGGACUGGAAUGGAAAGGUGGUGAAGGUAAACUCGAGGGAUUUAUCAAAAACUACAUCAAAGAGAAGGGAUUCGAUUUGUUAUUGGAAUCUUCCGAGAAAAAUAAAUUCGAUAGGCAGUUACUGUAUUUCAAAGCACGAUAAUUU